CGGUUCAAAAAGAUUUCCGGUUCAACGUUGUGACUUGCUUGUGUUUUGGACUUGUCUCGUUGGAACGCAGGCCUGGAUCUUAGCAAGCUAAUGAAAAGGCGUUAAAAAGUCCUUAAAUUAAUGUAGUUAAACAUCUUUACACAUUCAGUGACUAGAUUUUGCAAUCGAAGCACCAUGUCUGCUAACAGCCCGGCCAGCUAAAAGCUUCCUUUGGACGUGCACUUUGAGUCCACAAUGGGCAGCCACUUCCGAAGCUACAUCUGGGACCCUGUUCUCAUUGUGCUUCAAAUCAUCUUGAUGCAGUGCAUCUACUACAGCUUUCUCGGCUUGUGGUUGGCGGGUGUGGACAGCCUGGUGCCGACACAUGCUUCACUGGACCAAAUCUUUAGCUAUGAAGUCCUUGGAUUUGCACCGAUGUUGGGCAGGCUGUCAAUGAUGGCGUUCGCUUUGAACUCUCUUACCUGCGCUCUGGGCUUGUGGUUCUUCAUCCGACGAGGGAAGCAGUGCCUGGACUUCACCGUCACGGUGCACUUCUUCCAUUUGAUCAUCUGUUGGAUCUAUAACUCUCGCUUUCCCUCCUCCUUGUCCUGGUGGCUUGUCAACUUGGCCUGCAUGGCAUUGAUGGCAGUCAUCGGAGAGUACUUGUGCAUGCGGACUGAGCUCAGAGCCAUUCCAGUCAAUUCUGGACCCAAGUCUAACCUUUGAAUUAUUUUUUUUUUUUUCUUGGCACUUUGCUGAAAAUGGACAGUUUGAGACAUCUUGAACGAACUGCUUGAAGAAAGCAAAUGUGGCACAUACAUCGGACUGUAUAUAUAAGCUCCACAUCAGAUGGCCUAUUUAUUAUUGAAUUUCCAUUCAGCUAUGGACAGUUUUUCUCUGCAUCUUCUCUAUGAACUCGUGUGAACUGCUGCAUUAGAUUUCUUGGUUCUUGUUUUUUCUGGUUAAAUAUAUUUGUUCUCAGAGGGGGGGAGGAGUGUAAACUGUUAGUCAAAUGUCUUUGCAUGACUGCAACCUAGUUUGAGUUGGAAACAAACAUUGGAGCAAUCCUCACAUAACAAAACAGUAGCAGUUACUAUUUUAUUUAAUUUUUUAAAAUAAAAAGUAGUGUAUAAUUGAAAUCAAAUGUGUGAAUAAGGUGUCCCCGGUCAGAGUGAAUUUUACUCCCUGUGGUCAAGGUCAAAUUGGGCUAGUAUUUUUUUAUUUUUAACCAAAUGUUUUUAGCAUUUUACGCAGCAAGUGUUUGUUUUCCUCUUCCCUUGUCAUAAUAUAUUCAGACAACAUGAGGGCCUCUUUGGGAGGUUUUUGUCUGCUUUCAGCUGUGUCAUGACAGCACAAUGUCUCUGUUCCAGACAAGUCUUUGACGAGCUGCAAAAAUAUUUGAUUGAGCGACGCAAAUAGUUCUGGAGCAGUUUUAGGGCAGUCUUUCCUUCAAGCUUUUAAAACACUAGCUUAAUGAAUUUUGAAGUUCCUCUACGUUAACUCGUUUGACGAUACAGCUUUACAUAAAUCCUUCUAUAAUUAAAGCUGUGAUUUUACAUUACAACUAAAUUGUAAUGAUUUGACAAAGUGGUGAUGCUAUUCCAAGAAAGUUAUUUUAUGAGCAAUGCAUAAGUGUCCAGCUGGAUUAAGAUGAGAGGUUGACAUUUUUACACUAUUGCCCUCAAUACUCUCUCUUACAGUCAGCCUAAACAUUAACCCCGCUGCACCCAAAAAAAAAAAAUCCCAUACCACCCAGUAUUUGAACUCUGGUUUAUGUGUUAUUUUAAUACAAAGAAGCUGAGAUAUGGACCUAUUAUUGACAUUAAAAAAAGUCUGCUUUUUUUAAUAAAACACUACCAAUUCACA